AUGGCGUCCUUAGAGGAAAUUUCUGAUAUGCCAGAUGAAGAGCUUUCCAGAAAAUACAAACCUUCCAAUCUUAAGGAGAUUCGGACCGCCAAGACUCAAAACUCCUUUGCUGAGACUAAAAAAACUGAGAACAUCUUGAUCCAGGUUGCCUUCUCUGUUGGGCUAGGCAGCAUCUGGCGUUUCCCUUACAUGUGUCAUCGGAAUGGAGGAGGCAGCUUUAUCCUGAUGUAUUUCUUCAUGCUCCUCCUGGUCGGGACUCCACUCUUGUACAUGGAGAUGGUCAUGGGGCAAUGGCUGCGUGUGGACAACAUCCGGGUCUGGAAGCAGCUCGUCCCCUGGCUGGGCGGCGUGGGCUACACUAGCAUGCUGGUGUGCUUCUUGGUUAGCCUGUGUAACAGUGUCAUCAUCUCCUGGAGCCUCUCCUACCUGGGCCACUCCUUCCAUCACUCCCUACCCUGGAACCAGUGUCCACUGGUGAAGAGCUCCAAUGAAACUGACUUCUCCUGCCUUCAGACUGUGCCCUACCAGUACUUCUGGUACAACACUGCCCUGCACGCAUCAGGCAACAUUGAGGAAGGGGUUGAGGCCCUCGUUCUGAACCUCACCCUGUGCAUCUUCGCAGCCUGGUUACUCCUCUUCUUAAUCAUGAUCUCAGAGCUAAAGAUUUCAGUGUCGAUGCUGAUUUUCUCGGUAUUCCUCCCCUACAUCAUCCUCUUCUGCCUCCUCAUCCGAAGUCUCUUCCUGGAAGGUGCAAGUGUCAGCCUCAAACGUGUGGUGACCACAGAGCUCUCUGCCUUUGCCUCGCUGGACCUAUGGCGUCAAGCAGGAGGCCAUGUGCUCUAUUCCCUGAGUUUGGGCAUGGGGACCGUCAUCACCUUCUCCUCCUACAAGGCUCAAGGCAACGUCCAAGACUAUUUCCAGGUGGCCUUCAUGGUAAUCCUGGUCAACCUGUUGACCUCACUGCUGUCCACAGCCGUCGUGUUUCUAGUGCUUGGGUUCUGGGCCACCACCAGUGGUCCCGCCUGUAUUGAGAAGAGCAUCUCAAACCUAAUGAAUCUGAUAUCCGAGGGGGUGCUGCCUCAAGAUGCCAGACCCCCAAAAAACAUCCUGCUCCUGCAAAGUCUAGACUACCUAGACUGGAUCAGCAACAUCCCCCAAAACCUCCAGUACCAGAUCAUCCAGCUUACCCCUUCCUGCAGCAUCAAGACACAGAAGGAAAAGUUUAUGGAGGGACCUGGCCUGGUAUUCGUGGCCUUUUCUCAAGUCAUCUCGUUGUUCCCUGGCGCCCCUUUCUGGGCCAUCAUCUUCUUCCUGGCUCUGCUCAUCACGGGGCUGGGCACCUUGAUAAGAAUCUUGGAAGGCGUUGCCCUUCCCCUCCAGAAUGCCAUUCCCGUCUUCAGAAAGCAUCCCAAACUGCUGUCAGCCUGCCCCCAAUCUCCUGGGCUCACUUCAACCCCUGGCCCAACCCUACACGUGGACCUCAUUGUGGCUAACCCUGCCUCUGACUUAGUGGUCAUCUGCUUGGGAGGUCUUCUGGGCAGCCUGGUCUUUGCCAGCCGCGCUGGCAGCUACAUCAUGUCUUUGUUUGAUGAACACCUGGUCUCGCUGGUCCUUAUCAUCGUUGUGACCUUCCAGAAUGUGGCACUGGCCUGGAUCUAUGGAGCCAGCAGGUUCCGGGAAGAAAUGUUCAUUGAGCUGGGCCGCCUGGUAUGGUCCAUCUUCACCUUCCUGUGGUGCUAUGUGACCCUGCCAGGGCUGCUGGCCCUCCUUACCAUCUGCUUCAUGCAGCUGUACCAGAAGGCACCCCCCUACUACAUCGCCUGGAAUGCCAGUGGGAGCCAAGAGGUCAAACUGCCCUACCUGCCAAGCUCCUUGAACUGGCUUACUUUAAUUCUCAUCUUCAUUCUCCUACCAAUCCCGGCCCUCCCACUCCACCACUGGUGGAACCUCCAGGACCCCACUCCCUCUGAUCCCAUUGAAAAGACACUGCCCUUCAAAAAGGUGUCCCUCAAACCCUUGCCAUGGCAAACACAGCCCAUGGGGAAUGCCACCGUCACACCCCAGGACACAGUCAGCGAGGACUCAUCAAUGGAGCCUAACCUGGACUCUUUAUGGCAGUUCAACUUCCCCCAGUCCAGGAACAGCCUGGUGUCUUCCUGGUUCAGCCUGCCUCUGGCUGCCUCUCAGCUAUCCGUACUCUCCAUAAGAAGUGUCAGUCCAUCCCUCUCGAGGCAAGUUAGCCCAGCCAACAAGGCCGUGGACAACAGUAACCUGCACAGGGAGGCCACGGAAGGAAAUCUGCACAGUAAAUCUGCUAAGUAA